GGCAUACUCCUAGCGCUGUUCGUUCUGCGUUUCGUCAGAAUCUGAUUCUUAUCAGCUGUAACGUGAAAUUGAAAACAUUUAGGUCUGUGGUCAGUGCUAGUUUGUCAGUAAUUCAUUGUCUUUCGGAAACGAAUCAAUCUGAAUAGUAAAAUGAAACUCUUCUCGGUUUUUGUUAUGCUAUUAAUCGGUGAUGGAUUUUACAUAGGAGAAGCCACACACAGCGAAGCAUCGAUCCAAUUUUCGUUGAACUUCUUUCGUGCAGCCUACAGUCUGAACCCAACCCGAAACUGUGUCCUAUCGCCGAUUACCAUUCAGCAUACGCUUGCUAUGUUGCAUCAUGCAGCCAAGCGGAAGGAAACCAGCCAAAUGCAUCGCCUGCUUAGAAUUCCAGAUUCUAGUGACUCAUACUUCGAGAGAAAUGAACCAUUUUCAAAUGACCUAAACAACGAUGCGCUAGAGAUGAUCACUAAGGUGUUUCACUCGCAAGUUGAACUCAAUCCCAAUCUUUUGCCGGUGCUACAGGCCGAGUACUCUGUUGACGUUCAGGUAUCCGAUUUUAGUCGUCCGGAACAGGUGGUUGAUUCUGUGAAUAGGUGGGCCUCUCGCUUCACCAACGGAUUGGUGGGAGAUGUUUUCAACGGAAAUGGGUUUUCCGACGAUGCCAACUUGAUGAUCAUCAACACCCUCACGUUUAAUGCUUCCUGGGAGCAUCCAUUCUCCCCUCGAAGCUUGCUGAAAGACGAUUUUUACUUUCUGAAUGGAGUAAGAAAAGUUGACACGAUGCGAAGUUACAAGGGUUUUAGAUACUGCGAGAUCGACGAUAUUCGGGCAGUAGAGCUGGCCUACGAAAGAAACUCUGACCUGUCCAUGCUGAUCAUCAAAUCUGACUCACAACCGUUGGACACAGUCAUUGAGAGGUUCGAUAUGGAAAUGUAUCGGACGAUCAACGAGCGUCUGUAUCAUGAUCGAUUCAAGUUGGUUAUCCCGAAGUUCACGAUUAGUACGGGGAUCGGGGCGAAGCGCAUUCUGAAAGCUAUGGGCUUGAGUGAUGUUUUUGGCAAAGAUACGUUCGAUGUGUUCGUUGGAUUCAGCAGUCGUUUGGCAAACAUCUAUCAAGCGGUGCGGAUCGAUAUCGACGAGAAUGGGACACGUGCCGCAGCUGGAACCUACUCAGAGAAAUCGAUGCGGGUAGGGACGGAUUUCAAGUACGCCAUUGAUGGACCAUUUAUGUUUGUGAUUCGCAAGGAUACGACCAAAGACAUUGUGUUUAUAGGGCAUUAUUCAAGUUAUGUAGAAUAAAUUUGGUUAAUUUCUCCCGGAUAUAUGAUCAAAUACAUCCAUGAACAACACAAA